AUGGGGUGGCCCCGUUGGCCAGCACUGGCAGCCAUGGAGAGAACCACGGUACUGAUCACGGGCUGCUCCUCAGGCAUCGGCCUGGGGCUGGCUGCACGCCUGGCAGCCGACACCGCUCGCCGCUUCCAAGUUUAUGCCACCAUGCGUGACCUGGCCAAGGGUGAGCGGCUGCUGGAGCGCCUGGGGGGCUGCUGCCCCGACACGCUGGAGGUCCUGCAGCUCGAUGUCACUGACCCCUGCUCGCUGGCAGCUGCUGCACAGCGGGUGCAGGGACAGCGGCUGGAUGUGCUGGUCUGCAAUGCAGGGGUGGGACUGAUGGGACCGCUGGAGACCUGCUCGGACCAGGCCAUGAAAACUCUCUUCGAUGUGAACCUCUUUGGGGCUGUCCGCACCAUCCAGGCGUUCCUGCCUGCCAUGAAGAGCCGCAGGGCCGGGCGGAUCAUUGUCUCCAGCAGCAUCGGGGGGCUGCAAGGGCUGCCCUUCAAUGCUGUCUACUGUGCCAGCAAGUUUGCAGUGGAGGGGCUGUGCGAGAGUCUGGCCAUCGUCCUGCGCCCCUUCAACAUCCACCUGACGCUGGUGGAGUGCGGGCCCGUCCACACCAGCUUCCUGGCCAACCUGCAGCGCCCCGACCCUGAGGGCAGCGAGAUGCGGGGCUUGGACGCCGAGACACAGGGGCUGUACCGCCGGUACUUGGGGCACUGUCAGAGCAUCUUCCGCGACACGGCCCAGGAGGUGGAGGAGGUCCUGCCGGUGUUCCUGGAGGCCAUCGGCAGCCCCUGCCCACCCCUUCGCUGCGCCAGCACCCAGCUCCUCGCCCCGCUGUGGCGCCUGCGGCUGAGCAGCCCCGACGGCUCCGCGUACGUCCGCGCCAUGCACGACUUCGUGUUCGGCGGCAGCGAGGCCGGCGGGGAGCAGCCCUGAGCGGAGCCACCCCAACACCGGCACCGCUGCCACGCCAACCGCCAGCCCGGGCCCGGGCCCGUUCGCGUGCUCGGUGCCGCCGUGUCCCCAAUAAAGCCCUUUGCAGCCGCACGGCUCCG